AUGAAUGAGCCUCCUGCCGGGAUGGGGGCCCCGCGUCUCCGCGGAGCUGCGCCCCCCGCGCGCGCCCCCCUCGGCCUGGGGCGCGCGGAGCUCUUCAUGCGCGAAGCGGGGCGCGGGCCCCCCCGGGCGGCGGGCACCCCGAGUCCCCCGGCGGCGGCGGCGGCAGGCGGCGCCCCCGAGGCCCGCGGGGCCGGGGAGGACCUGGACUCCGAGUCCCGGGUCCGAGAGAAAGUGCUCUUCCUUCUCCACCCGGAGCGCGGGCAGCGGGCUCGCGGGGACCCGGCGCGGGAGGAGGGCGCGGACCGGGAGGCCCAGGGGUGCCCUCCCGCUCACUUACCCCGGGAGACGCGGGCUCCCCGCGCGGCGCGGCCGCCCAGCGUGCUGGUGCGGGUGGAGGACUACCGGGCCACGGAGGAGGUGCAGCUCACCGAGUGGGCGCGGGGCUGCCUGGCCACCCGCACCGCGGAGCGCGCCGUGACCGUGCUCACCUUCCGCACCGGCGGCGACGCGGGCAGCGGGGCGCGGGGACCCCCGGGCUGCGGAGAGACCGACUUUCCUGGGCCACGAGGCCCCAGAAGGUGA